AUGGUUGGAAAAGCUGAAUUUCGAUCACUGGGAAAACAGUCUAGUCUUCAUUCCAGGGUGGAAAGGCUGGGGCUCCUGGGCCAGUCUUGUGGAAAUGGAGUCUGUCCCCAGCUCCUCACUCACAGAAAGUUGGGAGUGCCUCGGAGAAGCGGAGCGGAACCUGUGGUGUCACAGGCUUGGUGUAGGGGCGCCCCAGGAACGCAGACAGCUCACCUGCUGCCAAAGGUUAUCAGAGAACUGGGAGCCUGGGAGCGAAAGAACUCACGAGGGAGUGAGCGCUCCGUGCGCGGCUCCUGGCGUCCUAGGAUGCUCGCACCACACCACAGUGCCUUUACUACACUGGCCUCCUGCUUCCUGCUCGCCAUCCUUGGGACUCCAGGUCUUGCCAGUGGAAAUAGCCUGAUGAAACCAGAACUGAGCAUUCAGGGAGAUCAAGUGAUGAUCCAGGCUGGUGGAACAUUUGACAUUACCUGCAGAGGAUUGGCUGCCAUGAUCUGGACCUGGGGCAGUGAGCCUGCAGGGAGUCGGGCCCGCAUCUUGGAGCACCCUUGUGCUGAUAACCCCAGUGUCACUUGCAAUCAGCUCACCAUUUUCCACACAGAAGCUGGUGACACUGGCUACUUUACAUGUAGCUAUAAGGACGUUGAUGACACUGAGGAUCCUAAUGGCAAGACCAAUGUGUACGUGUAUGUCAAAGAUGACAGCCAGGUCUUUGUGCAGACCUACUAUGAUACACCAUCGGUGAUUAUGGUGUUUACUGGGACCCACGAGGUGGUUGUACCAUGCCGUGUCACUUCUCCUGAUAUUGAUGUCAAACUUCAGUUGUUACACCCUGUCACAUUCACUUAUGCAGGCUUGAAGUGGGAUCCCAGGAAAGGCUUCACUGUGAGCCACCCCUCUUACCACUUCUAUAGUACCAUUCUCCAGUGUACUGCUGAAGUCAAUGGGAAGAUCUACAAGUCGCUCUAUCUCCCACAGCGUUUUGAAACCAAGAAAGAAAAUAUUUCUAUCAGGUACAACCACCAGAGACUUCUCAUGGGAGACACACUUUUCCUGCAGUGUGUUGCAGAGACCACAUUCAAUGGACGAGUCAAACUGGACUGGGUAUUCAACCGGCAAGAUUCUAAGAUAACACCUAAGUGUUGCGAAGUUAAAAGGAACUUGUAUAGAGGGUCCUCAGUAUACAAAAGCUAUAGCAACUUGACCAUCUGGAAUGUAACCAUGGAAGACAAGGGUUUGUACAUUUGCAGGGAAAAAACCAACACUACCCUGCAAGCCAAUGUGACCAUCACAGUGUACAAGAAACCAUUCCUCAAUGUGAGCUACAAGAGAAGCCGCAUUUAUGAGGUGACAGCUGGACAAAGUGUGCUCAAAAUGGGAAUAAGGGUGGAUGCUUUCCCUCGCCCCAGUGUAACCUGGUUUAAAGAUGGAAAACCACUCCCUGUAAAUCAUACCUUCCAGCCUGACCCUCUUAAGUACAAGCUCACGAUCUUGGAAGUGAAUGCAAAGCAUGCUGGGAACUAUACUUUUGCCCUGAGCAAUACCAAACAUGAUCUCUACAAAAACCUUACAAUACAACUAAUUGUCAAUGAAAAACCUAAAAUCUAUGAGAAGGAGACAGAUUUGAAGAGCAUCCAACCAAUAUUCCUUGGCAGUGAGAACAUCCUUCGUUGUACCGCAAGUGGUGUCCCUGCUCCCUUCUUCUUGUGGGCCUGGGAACCCUGCAGUCAGAUGGAUGAGAUGUGUAUGAAACGUGGAAAACGUAUGCUGCUUUCCAACGAGACUGUGAGAAGUGACCUCCAUGUUGGCAACAAGAUCCAUUCCAUUGAGGAAACUGUACUGACACGUGGAGAAAAGACCAAGAUUCUGAGCACACUGACUAUAUUGACCAGCCAUGUUUCUGGUAUAUACUACUGCAUAGCUGUAAACAAGGUUGGCAUUGAUGAAAGAAGUAUUCAGUUCUAUGUCUCAGAUGUGGCUGAUUUCGUGGAGGCAGAACCUCUGGUCACAAUGAUUGAAGGCUACGAUGCUCGGCUCAAAUGCAAAGCAACUAAAUAUAUCUAUAAUCAACUUGCUUGGUUCAACCCCUUUGGGGAGAAGAUUCCUGUUAUAGAUACUGAAAGCUUCAAAAAUAACUACUCCAUCUCACUGACACUGGUGAUUAGGAAUGUGACCAAGCAGGAUAAGGGGCAGUACAAGUGCAAGGCUUGGGCCCAGAGGAACAUCACCAAAAUUGUGCAGCGCAAUACUCAACUAUUAAUUAGAGAAAGGAUUGCUCCAUUCAUUAUUGAGAAUCUCACCAAUAUUGAAGUCAACAGCAGUGGCAAGAUUGUCCUACACUGCAAAGUGGGUGGAGUACCACACCCUCAGAUUCACUGGUUGAAAACUGGAGUUCCUCUUCUCCCUGCUUCAGGAAUCUUCUUUGAGAACAACACCCUUGUUAUUGAGAGAGCCAAGAAAGAUGAUGAGGGACUCUAUCUCUGCAAAGCUACCAAUGAGUUGGGAGAAAUCAGCACUUCAGCUCUUAUCACCGUGGAGGGCUCUGAAGAGAAAUCCAAUAUUGAAGUCAUCAUUAUUGUUUGCACUGGCCUUGCAGCUACGCUUUUCUGGCUUCUUCUAACCCUAGUAAUUCGAAAACUCCGAAAGCCCAGUGUGUCAGAAAUCAAAACUGGCUACCUAUCUAUCAUCAUGGAUCCUGAAGAGAUGCCCCUUGAUCAACAGUGUGACAGGCUGCCCUAUGAUGACAGUAAAUGGGAAUUCCCCAGGGAUCGAUUACGGCUGGGCAAAAUCCUGGGUCAUGGUGCCUUUGGCAAAGUGGUAGAGGCUUCUGCGUUUGGCAUUGACAGAGCUUCAACCUGUAAAACAGUGGCAGUGAAAAUGCUAAAAGAUUGUGCAACUUCCAAUGAAUGUAAGGCUUUGAUGUCAGAGCUGAAGAUUCUCAUUCACAUUGGUCACCACCUCAAUGUGGUCAACUUGCUGGGUGCCUGCACUAAGCCUGGAGGUCCUUUGAUGGUCAUUGUAGAAUUCUGCAGAUAUGGAAACCUGGCCAAUUUUCUGAGAGGAAAGAGAGGAGACUUUGUUGCUUCCAAGACUCAGCUCAACAUAGAAAAGAAGAUGAAGGCCAUUCAUGAUUCUGACAGUGAACUCUCCCAGCUGUCUAAGCACCGUCUGCAGAGUGUGGCUAGCACGGAAAGUUCCACCAGCUCUGGCUUCAUUGAAGACAAGAGCUACAGUGAUUCUGAUGAGGAGGAAGAAAGCAACCGCCGCCUUCUAGGAAGAGUAGACUUGGAUGAUCUCUACAAGCACCCCCUCACCUUGGAGGACCUGAUCUGCUAUAGCUUCCAAGUAGCAAAGGGCAUGGAGUUCCUUGCGUCCAGAAAAUGCAUUCAUCGAGACUUGGCUGCUCGGAACAUCCUUCUAGCUGAUAACAAUGUUGUGAAGAUCUGUGAUUUCGGUUUGGCUAGAGACAUCUACAAAGACCCUGACUAUGUCUGGAAAGGAGAUGCAAGACUCCCACUUAAGUGGAUGGCACCAGAAGCCAUUUUUGACAAAGUUUAUACCACCCAGAGUGAUGUGUGGUCCUUUGGAGUCUUGCUUUGGGAAAUAUUCUCUCUGGGUGCCUCGCCAUACCCAGGAGUACAAAUAGAUGAAGACUUCUGCCGUCGGCUUAAAGAGGGAACACGAAUGAGAUCUCCUGAAUAUUCCACCCCUGAAAUCUACCAGACCAUGCUUGACUGCUGGCACAGUGUGUGCACCCUAAGACCCAACUUCUCAGACCUGGUUGGGCGUCUUGGAGAUCUCCUACAGGCAAAUGUUCAGCAGGAUGGCAAAGACUACAUCCCUCUCAGUGGCACUGAUGGAAUGCCCACCUUUAUGGCUCUGGAUCCAGUGCAGGAGACCAUGAGCAGUGAUACCACCUUGGAAGACAGCACUGAAUCCCGGAAGGAUCCGCUGAUUAGAUUGCUUGAUGAAAUGGAAGUGACAAAGGAGCAAGAUGAACCUGGUAUUGUGAACAUUGAAGGAGACUAUGCAACUGUUAUGAAUUGGGAUAAGAUCAAAAGGCAAAAAUGCCUGGAAAUCCAUUCCUGGCCACAUGGGAUCAUGGCCGUAGGCCCAAGAGAUGUCAACAAGAGCAAGGAGUCCUUUCUAAUGGAGACAGAUCUGGAGCUUGUGAAAUAUCAUUCAGCCCCUGAGCUUGAAGAGGAAGAUCAAAUGGAAGAGACUUGCCUCCUGCCUCUGGAUCCCACCCUCGAAUGUCACAGCCCACCUCCUGAUUAUAACUUUGUGGUUCACUACAGCACUAUACCCAUGUAACCUACUAGUAGCACUCUUCCUCCAUCAUCCAUUUUCAGACCACUGUCUUUCCUUAAAAAAUCAGCAGUGCUUUUCACAUUCAUGUCAUGGUAACAAUAUUACUAUGAUAUUGGAGAAUGAAAGAAGAGAAAAAAGAAAUUUUAGCAAAGAAUCUCAAUUCGUUACACUGUUUUGGGACACAGAUUGCCAAAUCCAUGCUCUUGGGUCUGAAUGGAGAGACAACAGGAUGUUUCUAUCCCAUUUCUCUUGACAUUUAACACUUACCAACUCACUCAGAUGUGUCUAGCACAGCAACAUCCUUAGUCAUUCUAUAUAUGCCCUUUACCAACUUGGCCCAUUAUUAUUUCAUUCAUGGCUACUACAAUGAUAAACCUCUGGUAGCCCCUCAAAGACCUGUAGAACCUCUAAUCAGAAACUGGGACCUCCAUGAUAUUCAGACCCCAGCAAUCAACCUGUGAACAUUACUUGGUGAACUUUUAUCUGAAUGUCCUUUAUUUUUUGUUCUAAUUUUAAUUAGUUUAUAACAGAUUCAAUGUGAUUUGUAGAUACAAUUCUAAGAAAAUGGUAUUUCCUUCUUCUCUCCCUCUCUCCUUCAUCUCUCCCCUCCUCCUUUCUUCCUUUAUGUCUUUUUUUGUAGUUUUUGACAUAACAUAUGUUAAAUUUACAUUAUAGUAAAAAUUCUUAACACUUCACCAAAUAAAUUUAACAAAGAAAAGGCAAAAAGACCCUAGUUCAGUGGGAAUAUAGAUAAUGGCUAUAAACAAUAACUGAGUACAUUUUAAAGUAAUAAUGGAUCAUAAGAACUACAGUACUGUAACAUUCUUAGCCAUUGAUUUGAUGAAGAUAUAAAACAUUUUUUUACAAAGUUAAAUUUACACUGAUACACACAGAUUUUUAAUUUUCUUUUUCUUUAAAUUUUAGCUCCAAUAUUGAUAUCAUUUCUUAAAAAAAUAAAGCAACCAUUAUUCAGAC